CGAUUCGUCAUCACUGGGAACUUGUUUUAUACGCUGCCGCAGUAAAAACAGUGAGCUGCUCCAAUCCACGUUACAAGUCGAUCAACAAGAUGCUAGACUUUGUGAUUUUUGCAGCAACUUUUCUUAUAGCCUUACUGAUCGCCGUAAUUUACUUGUAUCCGGGAUCCAAAAGAAUAACAAGUAUACCAGGCCCAGAGCCGACCACAAAAGAGGAUGGUAACCUGUCUGACAUUGCCCGGGCUGGGAGUCUACAUCAGUACCUCCUGGAGCUUCACAAACAGUACGGGGACAUCACAGCCUUCUGGAUGGGACAGGAACUGGUCGUCAGCAUCUGUUCUCCGGAACUCUUCAAACAGCACGCAGCUGUGUUUGAUCGACCACCUUCCUUAUUUGAGCUUUUUAAGCCAUUGAUUGGAGAGAAGUCGAUUCAGUACGCCAACAAGGCUGACGGUAGAAAACGUAGGAAGUGUUAUGAUUCUAUACUGGCCCAUGAUUAUCUACAUCACUACUACCCAGCCAUGCAGGAAAUUUCAGAUAACUUGGUGAAGAAGUGGUCGAGUAUGGCCAAAGACGAACAUAUCCCUUUGGCUCAGUACAUGACUGGGUUUGCCUUGAAGCUUGCGCUGGUCAACUUGUUUGGUAGUAAAGCCUGGACGGAUGAGCAGAUUCUGGAGUUCAACCAUCAGUAUGACAUUGCAUGGCAGGAAAUGGAAAGGAGGUUAACAGAGGGUUUCCCUGAGGAAGGAAGUUCAAGAAUGAAGGCUUUUGAAGAAGCAAAGAAAAGAAUGUCAGAGCAAGUCAAGAAAAUAAUAAAAAACUGCAAGAAACACAGAAAAGACCCAAAUGAGUAUUUAUUAAUAGAUGCACUACUAGAUAGCACCACAGAUGAGGAGCAGAUUUUCUCAGAUGCCAUUUCUUACGUGAUCGGAGGGUUCCACACCACAGGAAAUGUUCUAACAUGGGCAGUGUAUUUUCUGGCCACUCACCAGGAUAUACAGGAUAAAGUCUACAAAGAAAUCAAAAAGGUUCUUGGAGAAGAGGAUGUAGACCCUAGUACAGCCAAAGAUUUAGUGUACCUACACCAGGUUAUAGAUGAGACUUUAAGGUGUGCUGUUGUAGGCCCCUGGGCUGCCAGGUAUCAGGAUUUCGACUCUGAACUCGGAGGGCAUAAAAUUCCAAAAAAUACUCCUGUGAUUCAUGCUCUUGGUGUGAGUCUGCAAAAUGAAAAGUACUACCCUGUUCCCAACAAGUUUGAUCCAGAUAGAUUUAGUCCUGAAAACACAAAGUCCAGACCAACUCUUGCCUUCCAGCCGUUCGGAUUUGCUGGCAAGAGAAUUUGUCCUGGAUACAAAUUUGCCUAUGUUGAAGCCACUAUAGGACUCGUGACCUUGCUUAGAAAAUUCAAAAUCAGAAUGAUUGAAGGUCAGGUCGUCACCCCAGUAUAUGGCCUUGUCACUCAUCCAGAAGAUGAGAUAUGGGUUAAAAUUGAAAAAAGAUGAGGAUUUUCAAAGAAGUGUUUCUUCUUGCAUAUAGUUACACAUUAUAUGACACUGCUAUUUACAAUAUGAUCGCAUAAAGAAAAUACAAUUUAGAACUGUGGACGUUGGUGAUUGCAUUCUUUAGAUGAAUGUUUUAUCAUGCUAUUUUUUAUUUAAAGCAGCUGUACGAGAAGUAGUUUAUUUGUAUGCAUCAAGUUGGAGUUAAGAACUCACAGAAUCAUGUAGGAAUUGAUUGCUAGAGUAAGUUAGCUGCUUUGAAUUCACUUGCAUAAUUUACUUGUAAAGUCGUCUUCCCUAGAAAAACGUUUCCUAUGUGCCUAUCAAACCCUUGGUAUUUCACACUACUGAAAUUUUAAAUUUUUUAAGAGAUGUUACUCAGUUGAUAGCAUUCAAUUGAUCAGAGGGCUAUGAUCAUUGAUAACAUCUCUGUAUGGUUUUUGUUUUUGAAGAAUAAAAUACUAAACAAUGAUUUGUAAGCUAACAGGAACGCCAUUUCUCAUUGUAAAUAGUGAAGGCAUCAUGUAACAUUAGGUUAGCAUUAACAGAAUGUGAUUCAUUAAAUAAUAUUGUAUAUAUAUCUAAAUGUGUCAUAUUUCUAAUAUUAAGCUGCUAUUUUCUAUCUAUUCAAUGAGGACGUGGUUUCAUCAUUCAAAGGUUAAUAGUGUUUUUUUUUUUUAAAAUGUUUCUCAACGAAUCACAUUCAAUUAUUUUCCAUGGAAGUAUAAUAUUAGAUAAUUUAACCAUAACUUGAUCCCGCCUAUUCUAUACAUGUAUAUCGUUCAAAAUUAAAAUGCUCGUUUACUUUUUAAAAUGAUAUGUAAGAUGUAACAUAUUAAAUUCAAACUUUUAAAUGGCACAAUAGGCCAAUGAUAUGUUAGAAAUGGAGGUGGUCAAAAACAGUUGGCUGCACAGGAGAAAAAAUGUACUUAGGAGUCAUUCUCUGUUUACAGGUAUGAGUACAUGUAGAUGCCAUGAUAUUUCUAGUCAUGCUGAAUUCUUGUUAGAUUAUGUGACAUUACAUACACGCAAAAAUGUUAAUUUCAUAUUAAAAAUUAUUAGAAUGUACUUCACUAUGGAGUGUCGAGAGAGAACAAGUUUGGCACAGUUUCUGUUCUCUCUAGAUUUUCCGUGCCAUUCCGUUACAUCUCGCAUACAAAUUAAAAAUCAUUAGCUAAAAAUCAUCACAUCCAUUUCUUUCAGUUACUUAUGCUAGGUACAUGUAUCGAGGAUGUUUAGGUUCACUGCGUUUUAAACUAUGUGCAAUUCAACAGACGAUAAAAGGGAUUCAUUAAAUCAUUUUGGAAGCUAGAUCUCACCUGACAUUGGUAGGAAAAGUUUAGACGCUCAUUAAAGUCAAGUGAAUUGAGGUACCCCCUAGAAUCCAAAAUAACUAAUGUCUACCCUUCACUUUUUCUGAUGUACUUUAAAAAUGUCAAAUUUCAGCCAUUUUCGAUUUUCAAGCUUAUCAAUGUAUUCACACAAAAAUAGAAAAACACACAGUAAACAAAAAUGCACCCUCCUAAAAGCGAGACCUUAUAACUAUGGCCGGUAGAAUAGCUUGAAAUGACUUAAAAAUUAAAAAUAAUUGAGUUGGGGUCCGUUUUACAAAUGAACUUACGACUAAGACCAAAAUUUCAUUCCAUUCUAUCAUAAAAGUUACACUAAUUUUGAAGUAUGAAAUAGAAUUAAAGAUAUGUGGUAUGAACUGUUGUAAAUAGGGUACCAAUUAACACAUUCGCUUAAUGUACCUUGUUCUUUACAAAGAGGAAGAGGUGAACAAAUUUUGUUAAGUUUUACUAGGUUAAGGAAGAAAACACAAUUGCAGGACAUAUAAAUUGUUGAAUAUGUUGCUUAUGUAAAAGAGGAUGUUUAUCGUGCUGCUUUUAGAAUUUGUCAUGUUUUUAGAAUGGGUUCACUCUUUGUUAUUUAUAGGAGAUCAAUCUCUAUGACACUUUUGUAUGUUAACAUAUUAUGUAAUUAGAUGAGUGCUGGAAAUAAAUGGUGCUGCAGAA